AAACGAACUUUAUCGGGCUAGUCGGGUAGUUUUUAGGGGGCUAGUCUUCACAUGCUAGGGUAGCUGCUUAACAUGAGUCGACUUGAAUGUUUUUUUACCAUCUAGGUACAAGUUAUAAAAUGUAGUCUUUAAUUUGAAUUUGAACUCCGCAAUUGGACAAGUAUGACGUUGUAAUUGUUAUUAUAGAUACGUUAUCAAUCGUACGAUGCAUUUUACUAUAUUGUGAAUAAGUGUGACGCUUAAAUUAUAUGACGAUAACGCUUUCAUUGCCAAUAUCAUCUUCGUUGACUCAUUACCGACAUGGAUCUUGGCCUCAGACACUAGACUUUGCCAUACGCUGUUCUGUGUCAUCUGAUGCCAUCCUGUCACUUGAAGGUCACACGACCUUAUUUUUACUAGACCGACACAAAAUGACCUGUGUGUGUACCUUGUCCAAUAAUAACACUAGUCAGACUAGUCUUAUAGACGUGACACCCAUUGUAGACAGGAAUUUUUAAUUUUAAAAUUAUGACCGCUUGGGCAAAUCAUAAUCGCACUCUCAAUAGAAAUAGUCGUUAGUUGUCUUUAAAUUGAGUGUGAAUCAGUAAUAUUUCAUUUGUAUACAUUAUAAUGAAUACUUUCAUCCAUACUAAUAUUAUAAAGGGAAAGUGUGUGUGUCUGUUUGUUUGUCCGCCUUUCACGGCAAAACGGAGCAACGAAUUGUCGCGAUUUUUUAAUUGGAGAUAGUUGAAGGGAUGGAGUGUCAUAGGCUACUUUUUGUCUCUUUCUAACGCGAGCGAUGCCGCGGGCAAAAGCUAGUAUAGCUAGUAUUUUAGCGAAGAACUUCCUGCAAAAAACAUGUUAGUCAUGUUAGUGUUAUCAUAUAUACGCGACCCGUUUCGAGGACAGACAAGCGGAAGUGCUAAGCCUAAUAUUUGGCCCUCCUGGCCGUCGUACGCUCUACGUAUAGUAAUAUAUGCACACAUACAAACCUAUGUAGCGAUUUAUUUUUUGACAAACAAGGCCUUUUGACAUUUAGCAUAUCAGUCUAAUCUUUGUCGCAAGCGCGCCGGUCGCGAAAAUGGUCCCAAAAUUAUUGAUAAGCAUCGUAAUAUUUUCCAUUGGUUUGGUCCAUGGACAGCUCGUUCAGCUACUGUUGCCUCAGGCACUGAAUUCAUUCAAUGGUGCAAUUGUCAACCGAACCGAGUCUGUAGAGAUCCUCAACAAUAUUAUCGAUGGAGAAUUCUUCGCGAAAUUGCUCAGAUUUCUGACUAGUGUUGUCCUCAGCGUGGCAUGGACCAUGGAUACUGACAGAAACGUUCAAAACCUCCUGAUCGACAACAUCAAAGUCUCUAAACGUGCAAGCUUCAUUAGAGACUACAACUUCGGCCUCCAACAGGAAGACUGGCGACUCAACAACAUUCAACUCAUCGAAAAGCACGGUUUUACAGCAGAGACUCACGAGGCUGUUACAGAAGAUGGAUAUGUUCUCACAUUGUUCAGAAUACGAGGUGACGGUCCAGUUGUCUUUCUGAUGCAUGGAUUAAGCGGAAGUGCUGAUGACUACGUGGCAUCAGGACCGGAGAGUGGCAUAGCGUAUUUGCUAGCUAAAGACGGCUACGAUGUAUGGAUGGGAAAUGCACGCGGCACCAAACAUUCCUUUCGACACGUCCAACUAAAACCAUCUCAAGCUAAAUUUUGGGAUUUCUCCUGGCACGAGAUCGGAUACUUCGAUCUUCCGGCUAUGAUCGAUUACACUUUAAAUGCUACCAGAAAAGAUAAUUUGAAAUACAUCGGGCACUCCCAAGGUACAACCAGCUUCUGGGUAAUGUGUUCGGAGAGACCGGACUAUAAUGACAAAGUGUCCCUUAUGAUUGCAUUAGCUCCAGUCGCAUUUAUGAAUUACGCACAAUCCCCUAUUCUUCGAGGAUUUGUUUCCGUGCCCGGAUUGGUGGAAAGAUUCUCAUCGAAAGAAGGCAGUAAGAUGUACAUGAGACAAUCUUGUGGUGACGCUAGUGGGCCGUUGUACAAAUUAUUCUGCGUUAACUUUCUACUCUUCACUGCUGGGUUUAACUUGAAUACUAUGGACGCGUCAAUUUUACCAGUUGUCCUGGGCCACGCGUCGGCUGGUUCAUCGGUGAAACAAAGUGUUCAUUAUGCACAGGAAAUCAUUUCCGGAAAAUUUAGAAGAUUUGAUUAUGGUGUCACUCAAAAUAUAAGAAGGUAUGGUUUCCGAGAGCCCCCGAGUUAUAAAUUAAUGAAUGUAAAAACGCCCGUAGCCCUAAUUUACAGUGAUGCGGAUUGGUUAUCAGACGCCCGUGACGUUGAAAAGCUAGCAGACUCUUUGCCGAACGUUUCGAUACUUACAAAAUAGAGCACCAACAGUUCACGCAUUUAGACUACGUAUUAGGAAAUAAUAUAAAAGAUACAAUUUACAAACGAAUUAAAAUAAUGUUAUCUCAGUUUUAGUAGUCUGUGAAAAUAAUUGUAAUAAUGUAUUUAUUUAUACAGAACAAAAAAAACUAAUAUUCGAUCGAGGUUGGUACCUACUGUUAAUAUAAUUAUUAUUAAGAAUAUUGCUAAGUGUGCCACGCCAUUGUAAGUUCAUAAGUAAUGUCUAAAGGUAGGUACUUACAUAAAAUAGUUUCAGCUGUGAUUAAAU